GAAUUUUAGAAACCGUACUUAAGAGUCGUGUGUCUGUACAAUAUGGAUUUAGAAGAAAUAUAUUAUGACGGUGAAAAUUAUAUUGAAACUGCCACCGGAAACAAAGUAAGCAGGCAAUCUGUUCUGUGUGGAAGUCAAAAUAUUGUUUUGAACGGGAAAACCAUCGUGCAAAGUGAUUGUAUUAUAAGAGGAGACUUGGCAAAUGUUCGGGUUGGAAGACAUUGCAUUAUAAAAAGUAGAUCUGUUAUCCGACCACCUUUUAAAAAAUUCAGCAAGGGUGUUGCAUUUUUCCCGUGUGUUAUAGGUGAUCAUGUAUACAUUGAAGAGGAUAGUAUUGUUAAUGCUGCACAAAUUGGAUCAUAUGUACAUAUUGGCAAGAACUGUGUAAUUGGGAGACGUUGUGUAUUGAAAGAUUGUUGCCAGAUAGCUGAUAACACAAUUCUUCCACCUGAAACUUUGGUUCCUCCAUUUAAAUUAUAUGGUGGUUCUCCUGCUGUUUGUGUGGAGGAUUUGCCUGAGUGCACCCAAUAUUUAAUGAUUGAUGCGACAAAGCAGUAUUACGAAAAUUUUAAAAGAAAAUGAAUUAUCAAUGUGUAUGCAUGUGAAAAUUAUUAUUGUUGUAUUGUACCUAUUUGUUUAAAGCACUAACUUCAAAUAUUACAUUCAUUUUUUUCUUAUAAAUCCAUUUAAUAAACUUUUAAAAGUUCUGCCUAAGCUGAAUAUGAAAUCCCUCAUUUAAAGUAACAUUAGUGUUGAAUUAUUCUGCGGUGUGUGAACUGUCAAACCACGCCAAUAUAUUAGUGUAGGUAAAAAAACAGUUAUUGUUUGUUUGUAAUAAAUAAAUAUUGUUCAAUGC